ACUGCCUGACCGUCGGCAGCAUCGUUCGUGACGGUUCUGUUUUUCAAUCUACCACCCCUUAUAUAUACGAGAGAAGUGUCGUUUGUGUGUGGAUGUCCUGUGAGUCGCGUGAGUGUUCCAGUGGUGUCCGUCAGUUCAUCAAGAAAACCGGAGGAAAAGCAAUUAUUGAUUGCCGACAGUCUUUUUUUCCCUAAUCACGCUCUUGACCGGCCGCCUCCUAUUCAAUCAUAUCCAUUCGUUUUUAGAUGUGCUGGGAUGUGAUUGGAUAUUGGACGUGAUUGGUUCAUUAAAAAAAGGGGGGAAAUAAUUUUGGACAGAAAAACAAAAGGACUGAAAUUGUUAGAAAAAUGGAGGACGAAUUAAAAUGCCCGUCGUGUCGUCAAUUUUUCACGCAGCCCGUUUUACUGCCUUGUUUCCACGCAAUGUGUCUCAAUUGCGCGCUGCACAAUCAACAGCCCGUCGUCAACAAUUUACCCAGUCACCCGACCGCUCAACCGCACGAACAACAGCAGGAGCAGCCCUUGCCACCUCCGCCGACCGAGCUGCAAUUGCUCUCCGAAUUGCAGUGCCACGAUUGCAACGAUUCGGAUCAAUUGUCGAUUCUGAGCGAGACGGACAGCGGCGUGGUGGUGAGCACCAGCGGGAGCAGCGGUGGAAGUAGCCGACCGAGCAGUUGCCACAUCCAUCCCGCUUCUUCUUCGUCAUCAUCAACAACAACAACAAACAACUCCAAUUCAAAUGCUCUUGUCGUGGCCGCCACCAUUUCUCUGAGCUGUCCGUCGUGCCGCAAAAUCGUCUACUUUGACGAAAAUGGAGCGCAGAAUUUGCCUCGUUACCGGGCCAUGCAAACCAUCGUCGACAAAUUCAGCGAGUCAUCCCAUCAGCGGGCGCAGGCCAGCAGCACGCCGUGCCAACUGUGCGACACGACAGAGGGCGGCCAGCAACAAGAAGCUGCGUCCGUCUUUUGCCAACAGUGUCAAGUUUUUUACUGCGACCGAUGCAGAGAAAACUGCCACCCGGCCCGCGGUCCGCUCGCUAAACAUAGCCUCAUCUCACCGCAUCAGGGCCGUCAAGCCCUGCGCUCACUCAAAGAAAAAUUCAAGCAACAGUCAUCGGGAGAAGCCGUUCAACACUGCGCCGAGCACGGCGAGCAGACACAGACGUAUUACUGCAACACUUGUCGAUUGGGAGCUUGUCACUUGUGCGUCCUGUCCGACGUUGGCCGCCAUCACAAUCACGACGUCCACCUCCUGGCUCUCAUCUGCAAACAACAAAAGGCCGAGUUGACGCAAUCGCUGCAACAGCUGUCGGAGAAAGCCAAAAGCGCGACGGAAGUGAUCCAGCGCUUGAAGAGCUCGUCGGAACGCGUUCAAGAGAGUUGCGCCAACGUGGAAUCGGCCAUCCAUUCUCAGUGCCUGGAACUGAUGGAAGCAUUACGCCGCAGAGAAGAAGCCCUGGUGGAUUUCGCCCGCCGGGAACGCGACUUGCAAUUGCGCCGCCUGCGGGAAGAGGUGGCCACCUGCACGGCCCACCUCCAGCACACGACGGCCCUCGUCCAAUUUUGCAUCGAAGCUUUGAAAGAAUCCGAUUCAUCCGCUUUCCUUCAGAUCGGGUCGAUGUUAGUCAACCGCGUCUCCAAUUUGGACUUGACUUGGCGACAGGAAAUGGACGAAUUGACCAACCGGGCCAGCCCAACUCUCGAGCUGACGCUAGAUGACUUGGGUCUCCGGCGCAACAUUGAUCAGCUGACUUUCCUAGAAAUGAAACCUCCGGGAGCGCCGAGAAUCCUGGCCGAGGAUUGCAGCGCGGAAAACAAUUCAAUCACAGUAGCCUGGCAACCGCAUCCGGCCUCUUUCGUCGAGGGUUUCGUCCUCGAAUUGGACGACGGCGUAGGCGUCGCCACCGGCCGCUUCCGCGAGGUUUACUGCGGCAAAGAGACCAUCUGCACAGUGGACGGCCUGCAUUUCAAUUCUCUUUACAACGCCCGCGUGAAAGCCUUCAACAGUAGCGGGGAAGGGCCCUACAGCGAUCCUCUCGGACUUCACACCGCUGAAGUGGCUUGGUUCACAUUCGACAUGACGGCCUAUCCGGCCGAAACUCGCCUUUCGGCCGACGGACUGACGGCCACGACCGACAGCUACGAGCCCCGCGUUCUCCUCAGCUCGGUCGGUUUCUCCCGUGGCGUUCACUACUGGGAAUUCACAGUCGACCGGUACGACGGAGCGGCCGAUCCGGCCUUCGGCGUCGCCCGACGAGACGUCACCAGAGACUCUAUGCUCGGUAAAGACGAAUUAGGGUGGUCCAUGUACAUCGAUCACCAACGCUCCUGGUUCCUGCACAAUAACGUGCACAGUCACAGAACCGACGGCGGAAUCGACGUCGGUUCCACAGUUGGCGUCCUACUCGACCUCGACCGGCGUCAAUUGAGUUUCUUCGUCAACGAAGAGCCUCAGGGAACGGUGGCAUUCGUCGACCUCUGCGGCGUUUUCUACCCGGCCGUCUCGCUCAAUCGCAACGUUCAAGUCACGCUCCAUUCGGCCUUGGAUCCUCCGCCCUCGUCGUCUUCUUUUCCAGACAGCGGCGAAGAAAGUGACGAGGGCCAUCAAAUCGACGCCGGUGGCGACGUCUCGGAGCGAAUGAACGGCGCCACCAAUAACCCGACAGACUCCAUCACCUCACUCACAUGCGCCGUGGCGGCCCUCUAGAAGAGAUAUAGGCGCUCCUCCCGCACUUUUCUUUUACAAUACAUAUAUCCUAUCAAAGAAGUACCCAAUCAUACCAAAACUAAUUUCAACUCUCUCAGACUCCUUUUGUACAGUCAUUAGUAAUCCUGUUGUAUCAG